AUGGAGAAUAAGAAAUCAGCAGGACGUCAAAAAAUUCCAUUAGCAAAAAUAGAAAAAGAAGCUACUCGAUACUCUUCAUUCUCUAAACGACGUUGUAGCUUAUAUGAAAAAGCUAGUAAACUUGUUAGAGAAUGUGAUGUCGAUCUUGGAAUUGUUAUGUUUUCGCCGAAAGGUAAACCGUAUUCCUUAGUUCAUCCAACUAGUAAUGCAGUCAUCGAUCGUUUUAUAAAUCCUACAGCAGAAUUAAGUGCAGGUGACCAAAUGGUUGCUGAACAAGCACGAAAAAAAGUAACUCAAAAUAAUAAUAUGCUUAAUGAAUUUGAGAAAAGAGAAAAGAAUGCAAAUGAAAAAAUACUCUUUUUUGACCAAAUGAACGAGACUAGAGAUAAAGGUUGGUGGGAGUUCAUAGACCAAUUCAAUAAAGAUGAUGCAACCAAGUAUGAUGCUUGGUUAACUUCUGGUGAAUUUAUGUUGAAAAACCAAUUGAAGCAGCUUGAAAAUGGAGCUUCGUCCUCCUCACAGUUUCCACCAGAUGAUGCAAAUAACUCGUCUAAAGCUUUUUAG